AUGAACACAAAGUCACGUAAGUAUUACGAGCAACGCAUCGACAGUAAUCAGGGGUGUGUAAAACUACCUACGAAAACUAUUCCAAAAGGUUACCCAAAAAAUCUCACUCAGAAGGACUUUACAGUCAGUGAUAAGUCUGAUUUUAGCUCUAUCAUCAGAAAUUUGGAAAAGUAUGGCGUCUGUGUCGUGCCCAAUUUUAUAGAAAAGUCCUCCUGCAAAGAAGCUUUAAAAGAAAUUCAGCCGAAGUUUUAUCGAUAUGAUUCAUGGAACGGAUCUCCAUUUCCUAAAGAAACAACAGUAGUUACAAGGUCAGUGUUACACUCAUCAACAAUAUUGGAAAAGAUAGUGUCUGAUCCCUUGUUUGGUGGCGUUGCGGAGAAAUUCUUAAACGAGCGAAACUAUUUUAUGGCUGGAAAAGUUUUGAAAGAGUACACUUGCGGUAUUCAAUUGAACUCUGGAAUCGUUUACAAAGUUGGGCCAGGUGCAGCUGAUCAGGGGUAUCAUCGGGAAGACUACGUACAUCAUACUGUACACCAAUCACGUAAUACUUUCAAGCACGGAGAGGAAACAAUGCUUGGUUUGGGUGUUGCGUUCACAGAUAUGAGCAAGGAAAAUGGCGCAACUCGAUUUAUUGUUGGCUCUCACCUUUGGGGUCCAUACGAUGCAUGUGGAAGUUUCGACAAGGAAAUGGAAUUUUACAUUGAAGCUAAAGAGGGGGACGCAGUUUUAUUUUUGGGUAGUGUAUAUCAUGCAGCAAGCGCGAAUCAUACCUCCAAGGAUAGAAUUGCAGGAUUUUUUUUAUGA